AUGUCGCGGAUAUCAUCCCAGCUAUGGCUGUCUCUCUUUCUUGUCGGCCUCGGCAGGGCCGCAAGCAUCGUCUAUGUCACAGAUCUAUCCAUCUACACCUUGUUGGCACCAUGCGUUCAGACGGCGGUCUCAUACAACAUCUUCUCCCAGACCUACUCAGCCUGCGGUGAAGCACCGACAGAUUUGCAGUCAUGCAUAUGUACGAAGAAUAACAACCUCGCUGCCAUCUCGACGUCCAUCGCCAGGUCAAUCAGCUACAGCUGCGGCUCAACGGCGUCCGAUGACCAGACCAGCGCUGCGGCAGUCAUCAGCCAGUACUGUAAUCCCGAUUCAACGGUCAACUUUCCGACGCCGACGACCAAUAUCGUUACCAAAUAUGCCACCGAUAUCGCCGAAUUUUCCAACAUGGCCCCGUGUGCCCAGUCUGGCGUGUCGUACGCCAUCAGCUCGAUGUCGUCGUUUUGCCCCGAAGCCGCAAGUCUGAUGGCGCCCUGCAUCUGCUCGAAAAACGACAACUCAGCGCGUGUCAGCCGGUCCAUUGCGUCACUUGUUCGUUACUCAUGCUCCAACGCGGCUGAUGUUACCUCUGGCCUCGCUUUCUACGACGCGUACUGCGCUAUGAACAAGGGCACCACAUCGUUCCCGCAACCCUCGCCGCCUCCAGGAGAUAUGACCUACUACAUGACGGCGCUUUCCCAAUACAGCUUGCUGGCUGCAUGCGCGCAGUCGGGGUUUUCAGAUGCCAUCUACUCGCUCACGAGAUAUCAAUGCCCGACAGGGCCUCAGGCCUUGGCAUCUUGUAUGUGCUUGAAAGAUGGAGUGACCAACAUCGUCAUGAGCACGGUGACAUCAGAUAUUAAAUGGUACUGCUCCUCCACAGCUACGGAUGAUGUAUCUUCUGCGAUCGCCGUGCUGGAUUACUAUUGCAAGGCUGCUAGGAACGAGGUGGUAGCCACCGUCGCUGAGUCAAUUGCCCAGACAUAUCCAAAAGCUCAAGCCGGCACAGGGUCAGGGACUUCGGGAGCCGAAGCUACUGCCACUGGCUCAUCGGGUACCUCUGGCGACAGCACAGAUACCAGCCGCAACUCAAAAUCCAGCAUUCCAAGCCUUGCAGCCAUCAUCGGAGGCGUCAUUGCCGUCGUUGGUGCCCUGUCUAUUGCCGGUCUUGUUGCCUUCAUCAUCUACCGUCGUCGGAAGAAGAACAAGGCCGGAUUCCCGCUUUCAGGGACUGCCGGCCCUCCAGAAAUGACAGGCAAACCCGAGCUAGGCGGCACGAUGUUGUCCGAGCUGCCACCCAAAAGUCCUCAGAUGAGCGUCUCUUACACGACCGGCUCUCCACGUCCAGACACGAUAUCACCCGCAUCCAAUGGUGGCGGUGUAUGGGCUCCAUCCCCAACCGGCGUGGAACUCCACGGCCAGACAAGAUUGCCGUCUGAGAUGCCAGCCAACACCAAUGGUCAGCUACAGCCUGCGGGUCAAUAUCUGCCGUCGGAGCUGCAUGGUCAGCAGGGACAACCUGGAUAUUUGCAGCAGCAACCGUAUGGCCAGAGCUUGCCACUACCACCCGAGCUCCAAAGUAACUACUCCCAGCCGCAGGUGCAUAGUACCCUAGCAGAAGCUCAUGGACAACCGAUUCACCAAAUGCCGGGUGGGCCACCGGCAGUAUAUCAAGGGCAAGGACAAGAUAGGGCAGAGCUUCAAGGAAUGGGAUGGGAUGCCGGCCCGACGCCAGGAUACUCUGAAAUGGAUGGAGGGCAGCAGCGACGAUAUUAG